UUGAAACUCACCAUGUAAACAGAAGGAAACAAAAUCAAAUUAUAUGUCGAAGCAGUCUACUAACCGAAGUAAGACAGAAAAGAGUAAAGGGAACGCCAAUGUUAUUCAUAUCGCACAAGAUGUGAUUCCAGGAAAACUUUCAGAGCAAGAAUGGUUUGCAGAAACUUUCAGACCUUAGUUUUAGGAAUUUACUGCUUGAAGAUGACUUAUCCGAGAAGAUAUGUUAUGAAGUAGUUACAGAAAUCGUUGAGAAUACUCUUGAUGCUGCUUUUAAAGCUUAUUUGAAAAGUCAACUGAUACCAUUCACAGUACACCAAGCGUCACUUGCUCUCCUGCAGCUCGUUGAUUUGGAAUUUAUGUGUUGUGAUCUGGGCGAACCACAUAUUACCACUAGUGCUGAGUGGGCUGAGGAUGAAGUCGCUAGUUCAAGUAAAAUAGAUUCCUGGGCUCAGGGAGCAAUUUCCAAGACUUUUCAUGCAAAACUCUUAGAUAGAGUAAUAAGCCCAACGAAGCAUGAUGAAGCUAAAUUAUGUGACUCUAAGAUUAUUAAAAGAAAGGAUAUCAUCAAUGAUGGUAAGAAUAAAGAUGAUAGUGGUAUGAAAGUAGAUCAACGAAGUAUUGAGUCAAUUGCUAAACACGAUAAACCUCAGAAAAAGGUUUUAAACAAAGAUUAUAAUCGUAAACCGAUUGAACAGAGAACUUUUACCUCACGUCGUAUUAAAUCAUCCAUAGAUGAUCCUCAGUUGAUAUCUUGUAAAACAGAAGUUCUUAGUGAGGCUGAAGAUAUUUCUUCAAAGAAUAAAUUUAUAGUGGAUAAGCAAGCGGGUAAUACAAUUAGCAAGAAAAGAACUAAACCAAUAGUGAAACAAAUAUCAGAAGCUAUGCUUCUGAGCAAGCGAACGAGUGGAUCUGGAAAACUUAUUUUCGACGAUGAAGGCAAUUUAAUCAGUGUACCCAAGUUACAUCCAGUUAAUAAUAAGCAUUGUGAGUCAACAACAGCUGUUGGCGGGUAUUUAGAGGUAAAUGGUAGUAAUCCUCUUGGAAAUAAAAUCCCAGUUCAAUGGCGUUUUUUAACCAAUUCACUUGACAGCACAACUCAUCAUCGAUUUGAAUUGACUAGUACCACUAAAAAAUUCAGAACAGCUAGAUCAUCAAUGUCUACUAAAACAAAUAAAACAAGAUCAAGAAAUCGUAGUUUCGAUUCAACAGAACAAACAAUCUCACCUGAUUUGAUACGCCUACAAAGAAUUAAGAAUGCCUGUGGAAAUGUGACGAAUACAAUCGAUCUUGUUGACCUAGUGUCAGGUGUCACAAUAUCGGAUGGAGAACACCUAAAGAUUGGUCGAUCAACGAAUGAACAAUUCUCUUCUAUUCUAAAUACUAAUUGGGAUGAUCUUGAAGAGAUUCCACCUGUUAAAGUCAAAUGAAAGAAUUAUAUCAUUUUUGCUUCAAAUUGUAUAUAAGCAAUGAAUAAUCAAGAAUGACUGCUAUUUCAUUAUUUUCUGAGUAUUUCACCGUUUUUUUUUCAUCUUUGCUACAGAAAGAAACCAAUUUUAUUGAACAUUGAACUUCAUCUCUUUUUGUCUAUAAGUGAGAUUGUAAUGCGAAUAAUGUAUGAAUAAUAUCAUA